GAGAGCAGAGCAUCGAAACAGGGACUUCCCUUAGCCUCCAUCAUCUGCAGGGAGGGAAAAAAGACAUUCACACACACACUGCCUCCCACGUACACACACACACGCACACUGUGUCGAGCACUAGCAAGAGGCUUCACACGAAAUCCAGACAAAGGGACUGUAACCUGCAACGAUGGAGGAAAAUAUGGAUGAAUCCCAGAGCCAGAAAGGCUGUAAGGAGUGCUGUGAGCGAUGCGUCGGCAGCCUUCCCUGGGCAUCGCUCAUCGCCACCAUCCUCCUCUACAUGGGCGUGGCCUUGUUCUGUGGGUGUGGCCACGAGGCUCUGAGUGGCACCGUCACUAUCCUCCAGAACUACUUUGAGGUGAUGCGAGCUCCUGGGGGCGUCCUGGACGUGUUUACCAUCAUCGACAUCCUGAAGUACAUCAUCUACGGCCUCGCAGCUGGUUUCUUUGUGUUCGGAGUGCUGCUGCUGGUGGAGGGCUUUUUCACCACUGGAGCCAUCAGGGAUCUCUAUGGCGAGUUCAAGAUCACCGCCUGCGGACGCUGCCUGACUGCAUUCCUGAUGGUUCUGGCCUACCUCUUCUUCCUGGUGUGGCUCGGGGUGACAGCGUUCACCAGCCUCCCUGUCUUCAUGUACUACAACGUUUGGUCCAUGUGUAAGAACAUCAGCUCGGUGGAGGGGACCAACCUCUGCCUUGACCUGCGUCAGUUUGGAGCAGUGACCAUUGCGGAGGAGAAGAAGGUGUGCAUUGGAUCUGAAAAGUUCCUCAGGAUGUGUGAUUCCAAUGAGCUGGACUUGACCUUCCAUCUGUUUGUGUGUGCACUGGCGGGAGCAGGAGCCGCUGUCAUCGCCAUGGUCCACUUCCUGAUGGCUUUGUCUGCUAACUGGGGCUACCUGAAAGACGCCAGCAGGAUGCAGAAGUACGAAGACAUAAAGUCGAAGGAGGAGCAGGAGCUGCACGACAUCCACUCCACGCGCUCCAAAGAACGCCUCAAUGCCUACACAUAAAUCCAGAGCUGCCCGAAAAAACACACACUUACCUGUCAGACACACACACACAUCCAUACACACAGAGACACACACAAACAGCUGCUGAUACAAGCCUGAGGACAGCAUAGAUUCAUCAGACACGAGGAAAAACACCACACUAAUACAGACACGAGUAGGCAGAAAUAAGACGAUAAAGAAGAGAUGAAAGCGCAGACACCAUCGUCAUCCUUGUGUCUACAUCAGAUCAGUGGCCCUGGUGCUUUUGUUUGUCCUGAGAGGAACCUUUAACUUGACCUUAAACUAUGGAAUCUGCUCUAGUUCUAAUAAAAGUUCUCGUAAUAUUUUUCAAUGCAAAGGUCCCCAUUGUUUACAAUAAAAAAAUUGAGAAGACCUUGACUUGAACAAGGAAAAACCAGCAUAACAAACAGAGACCAAAAACAGCAACCCAGAAAAACCCAAAGAUAAGCAAAGCAGUGUUGAAUUUGGGCCCUUAGUGGUGAAAGUUUGUGCAUCUCUGCUGAAGCCAACAAUCCCUGGCAGACACGAGAAUGAGUUUGGUGUCUGUGAGAUAAUCAAUUAAUAGAAGCCCCCUUCCUUGAAGUGCAACACCCACACACAAACACAAACAUACUCACACACACAAUGAGACAAAUAGAUGUGACUGAAUGGUCGGUGAUGUGCAGGCAGUGUUGUUUCGGUGGUGUCAUGCUGUGUUGUGUCCUUUCACCACACUAUGAUGGCCGGUGUAACAGAGAAAUAAGGUUCCCUGAGGAAAUUUGUGCCUCCUAGGUGCAGAUGGGUUGCUUUGCCAACUUUUCCUCCCCUACCCUUCCUUCCCCAACUUCUGGUUCCCAUAAGGUCCAGUUUAAUGAGUUCCUCGUUAAAUUCUUGAACCAGCAACAUGAUGAAAUGACAUUGAUAAAAUCCCCAGUCUAAUCUUGUUUCAUUUAUUCUGUGCGGAUCUACCAAGUAAACACUAAUUAAAGUGAUUUUAGAAACCUUCACUGAAGCUGGUCCCCCACCCCUAGCCCCAAACUCCCCUUUACCCCUGGAUUGUAUAAACUUGUCAUUUGUCCCCAGAGACAGCACAUCUUAGCAGCACAAAGUCUUUUUGUCCUGUUCCCAUCCAUUUAUUUUCGUCAUGAUUUUUUUUCUCACUUUUUUUUGGAGAAAGUUUUGAUUAUUUAUGUGUAAUUUUAGCACUGAGGGUAUUUAAGAGGGAGGUCAGGGGUCAGCUGGGAAUCGGGUUUAUGUCACAUGUUCAUGUAACGAGUCUGUAUUUCAGUAGUUCUGCACAAACACACAUGCAAACGCGCACACACAGACACACACACACACAGCACAGCUCCAUUGUGUUGUCACGAUUUCUUCUGUUCUCAACCAGCCCGAAUGUGACCAAAUGUUCUCUGUAAGUUAGAAAACCACCGAUAUGAACAGUAAACAUGUCAGCUGGAGACUAACAGAGUCAGAACUGAGACUUUGUAGUAAUUUUUUUCAGGGGGACUUAUGUCCUGGGAUGGGAUUUGGAGGAAACAGGAAGCAGAGAAUAAAUCAGGUGUUAUGAGUUCAUCGGCAGAAAAGGCAAGAAUGAGCAACGUCCAGCGAAUAAGCUACAUGUUCAGGAAGGGUUUAGUUCUCUGGAGGGUUUUUUUUGUGGUUUUAGGACUUAUUCGGUGUCUUACACAGCAAUCUCCUCAGGUGCUUCAGAGCUGGAAGCUGUAAUCAAGGGUGAACCAGCUGAUUUACAAAGCUUUGUAAGAAAGACGCUUGAGAUUUUGACUGUCAAAUCAACUUCUCGCUUUUAAAUUUCAGCAGAUUUAACCAGAGGGCAGCUCAGUCUCUGUGAGAUGCAGCGAUUUUUCGUAGUUUUUUUUAAGCUCUUCAAAGGAGAAUUUAGUUUUCUGUAUUCGAGGCUGUUUUUGGGGUUUCUUUCCGUCAGGACAGGGAUGAGUCUCUAUCUGCCAGUAGAGAUAACCAGAAGGGUUUCUGUUUGUCUUCAGAAAGAGCUUGAAGUAGAAGGUGACAACGUAAGUUAGAUUUUAAUAAAACAAACA